AUGUCGUAUGGAGAUCAAGACAACUCGAAGGUGUACGUGGGCAACUUGUCAUUUCAGACGCAUGAGGAUGAACUCAAGGAGACUUUCUGCGAAUACGGGCCGAUUAGCGAUCAUGUCAUCGUCAAGGACAGAAACACCGGCUACAGUCGCGGCUUUGGCUUUGUGACGUUUGAAAGGGCGAGCGAUGCUCAGAGAGCUGUUGAGGCCUUGGAUGGCUCAGAACUUGGUGGAAGAAACAUCAAAGUAAACAUCGCCAGGCCUCAAGGCAGCGGAGGCGGUGGACGCGGACGUGGGCGGAGAGAUGGCUACGGCUACGGAGGAAGAGGCUACAACUACGGUUAUUAA